AAAAUACUAAAAGAAUUAUUAUCUCCAUACACAAUACGCAUUCCGCUUCUGCAAAGUAUAUCACGAUAUAGUGUCUAACAUAUUCUCUUAGCCUUGCAGUUGGAAUUUCUUUCAGAAGGAAUUCGUCGAGCAAUCUUUAUAUCACAAAAAUAGAGAAUAAUUCGCCAAGUUUCACCUUGUAAAAAGUGACAGAGCAGAACUAUGGAAAACGCAACCAACCAGAACCAGAACUGGACGUGGGCACCAGUCUCCUGGGAAUGGUGGGAGAUCCUCCAACUGAUCCUGGCUAUCAUAGGGAUCAUUGGAAACUUCUUAGUGAUGAUAGUCCUGCUGCGUCCAAGACAUCGGCGAUGUGCCACCGAUACUUUAAUUGGAGCUCUGGCAGUCGCUGACUUUCUGACAUCUGUCUUUAUCAUCCCUCACCAACGUGUAAUCAGUCUUCCAGACAACUCAGGUGGACAGGCAUACUGUAGGAUCAUCCACUCGUCGGUACUGAUGUGGAUAUCCAUAUGCGCUUCUAUCUUCACGCUCACUACAAUCUCCAUUGAAAGGUUGGCGGCAGUCAGGUAUCCAUCGUGUCACCAAGUUUUAUUCACGCAUACACGUUUACCUAUCCUCAUCAUUAUUCUGUGGCUUAUUGCGGUCGUUAUCAACACGUUCAGUCUUUACGUCCACUUUGUCCAAGGUGGAAUUUGUGUCACGCAGUUCCCAUCCUCGGAAUUUCAGAAGUUCAUUGGGGUGUCCUUAUUCAUCAUCGAGUACGUCGUCCCGAUCAUCAUCAUGGUCACGGCCCACUCUAUGACGCUGUAUAGCCUCCGGCGUCGCAGCGAAUCGUCAAAUGGGAAUCAAGGUCAAGAACAGAUGGCACCGAAGCUCAAGGAGGCACAACGUCGUGUCCUGCAGAUGCUACUCAUCGUCGUCAUCAUCUUCAUCGUAUGCUGGACACCGGAUCAGUUUGGCUUCUUGGUGUUCAACCUCGGCGUCGUCGACGUCAACCAUCUCUUCAGUCCUCUCUACAGGUGUUUCGUCAUCCUUGCCUUUGCAAACUCCUGCGCUAAUCCUUUCAUCUACGCUGGGAGGAGCCCAGGUUUCAGGAAAGCAUUCUUUCAGAUGUUUGGAGGGAAGAGUCGCCGAUAUGGUGCUCAUUCGGUCUUUGCGGAUUUGAUCCACGAUAGCAAUUCGACCUUUAACGCUACAAGCAUUGGUGAAAUUAGCAUGGACAAGAUUUAAAACAAUUGUUUUCAUCAUGUUCACUUAUAGCUCAUGCCUACAUAAUCAUAAGCCUUAAUAUUCCAUAGCUAUCAUUUUGCCAUUUUUCCAAAUUCGCUUAUUUUUUUCGACGUAAUUAAGUAAUAAUGACGAUCGAUCAUGUUGAUAUUAGACCUUAAGACAAACCUUAUAAUGUUGAUUCCUAUGUUGCCCCCCCCCCCCCCCCAUCUGCUUAAUUAUACAGUUAUGAUUUCAUGAAUUCACUUCGUUUUGGAAAGAAAAAUAGUUUGCUUGUUUUUAGGUUGACGAAGUUAAAGCAAAACAGAUAAUCGAAACAAGCCCAGAGUAGUA